UCAGCUUAAUCGCUGUGUGCAACGGUUAACAUUCCUCUCAAGGUGUAUGGUCUUCGCUCACAUAUCAUUUAUAUCUUUUAGAGAGCCGAUAAAAUGAUGAGGACAAGUAUAAAGCUUGCAAUAAUACUUGUUUUGGCGUUGUUGAAUGCAGAAUUGAUAUUAUCCAACGGCGAAUUAUUUCCACGAGCAUUUGUUAAUUUCUUGUUUCCUAAGGAUCUUAAUCUAGUGAGAGUGAGGGCUUUGGAUGAAGUUAAUAGAGGAAAAGACGUGAAAAUACUGGACUUCAUCGGUUUGGUCACGAGACAUGGUUAUCCCGCCGAGGAACAUAAUGUUAUAACAGAGGACGGUUACAACUUAAAGAUACAUAGAAUACCCGACAGUCCGCUGUCUAACAACAAAAAGAACAAGAAAGUAGUGUUCCUUCAACAUGGUAUUAUAUCUUCAUCUGAUAGUUGGGUGCUAUUUGGUCCUGGCAAAGACCUCGUAUUUCUUUUAGCUGAUCAAGGCUACGAUGUGUGGCUUGGAAAUGUCAGAGGAAGCACCUAUUCCAGAUCGCACGUGAAAAUGUCUCCUCGAAAUAAAGAUUUCUGGCAAUUUAGUUAUCACGAAGUUGGAACGAUCGAUUUACCAAAUAUGAUCGAUUACGUACUUACUUACACCGGACAGGGAACUCUGUCCUAUAUUGGUCAUUCGAUGGGAACUACCGUACUGUUUGUUCUUCUGUCCACGAGGCCUGAAUAUAACGCAAAGAUAAGUUUGGGAAUAUGCCUCGCUCCAAUUGCUUUCUGGAAUGAAGUGCCUCCUGUAAUAAACACAUUUAUAGCUCAAAUACCAAUAUUGAUGGAAUUCUUUGACAAAAAUGAAGUGUAUGAAGUGACGCCUUUAGAAUCAAGAAGUAUUGCAACGAGAAAGUUACUGUGUGCAGAAUACGCGAAAACUCAGGCCUUUUGUAUUGCGAUAUUGUUCAUGCUUGCAGGAUCCGAUCCGCUGCAAAUAAAUACCACAGCGUUACCCGAGAUAUUAACUUAUUAUCCGACUAGUACUUCUGUAUUAACAAUAUAUCAUUUUUAUCAAAAUAUUGUUACAAGAGACUUUCGAUCUUAUGAUUAUAAAUAUUCUAUUUAUGGACACCUAACAUCCAAAAGGUAUGAACUCGAAAAAAUUACUACACCGUUGGCUUUGAUUUAUGGUACUAACGAUGUACUUGCCACGAGAUCGAAUGUGCUUGAAGUGUACAAACGAUUGUCCAGCGUUAUUUUAUUUGAGGAAGUUCCAUACAAACUCUUCACUCAUCUCGAUUUUAUGUGGGCUAUCGAUGCGAAAAGUCUCUUAUACGAUCGUGUUAUAGACAUAAUGAAGAAAUUUGAAGCUAAACAACCAAACUGGAUUUAAUUUAUUUUAAGCGAUGUAA